AUGGCGACCUGCUUUCGGCUGCGGAGCUUCGGGGCCCAGCGCCUCCCGCCUGCUCCUCCCGGCCGUGGUCUCCGCCCCCGCGCGGGCUGCUGGCGACCGGCUCCCGGCCUGGCCCAGCUCCGCCGCUACGCCGGGGGGCCGGCGGGCCUCUCCCGGGCGCUGCUGCGCACCGACGGCUUCGUGGGCGGCCGCUGGCUCCCGGCUGCCGCCACCUUCCCGGUGUACGACCCGGCCAGCGGCGCCGAGCUCGGCACUGUGGCGGACUACGGGGUGACAGAGACUCGCAACGCUGUGCGCUCCGCCUACGAGGCUUUCUGCAGCUGGAAGGGGGUCUCUGCCAAGGAAAGGAGUUCAUUACUUCGGAAAUGGUACGAUUUGAUGAUGCAAAAUAAAGAUGAACUUGCCAAGAUAAUUACAGCUGAAAGUGGAAAACCACUGAAGGAGGCGCAAGGAGAAAUUGUCUAUUCUGCCCUUUUCCUGGAAUGGUUUUCAGAGGAAGCCCGACGUAUUUAUGGGGACAUUAUCUAUCCCCCACCAAAAGAUAGACGAGCUCUGGUCCUCAAACAGCCCCUAGGUGUGGCUGCAAUCAUCACCCCGUGGAAUUUUCCCAGUGCCAUGAUCACCCGGAAGGUGGGAGCUGCGCUGGCUGCUGGCUGCACCGUGGUGGUGAAACCUGCCGAAGACACACCCUUCUCUGCUCUGGCCCUUGCUGAGCUUGCUAACCAGGCUGGGAUUCCUGCAGGUGUGUACAAUGUCAUUCCCUGCUCUAAAACGAGAGCCAAGGAAGUAGGGGAGGCACUUUGCACUGACCCUCUCAUUUCCAAAAUUUCCUUUACUGGCUCAACAGCUACUGGAAAGAUACUGCUGCACCAUGCAGCAAACUCAGUGAAAAGGGUCUCCAUGGAGCUGGGAGGCCAUGCUCCAUUCAUUGUAUUUGACAGUGCCAAUGUGGACCAGGCCGUAGCAGGGGCCAUGGCAUCUAAAUUUAGGAACUCUGGACAGACUUGUGUUUGCUCAAACCGUUUCUUGGUGCAAAGGGGAAUACAUGAUUCCUUUGUGAAGAAAUUUGCUGAGGCAAUUAAGACAAACCUCCAUGUAGGAAAUGGAUUUGAGGAGAGAACUACCCAAGGUCCAUUAAUUAAUAAAAGUGCAGUAGAAAAGGUAGAGCAACACGUGAGUGAUGCAGUUUCCAAAGGUGCCACCAUUGUGACAGGUGGGAAUCGACAUCAACUUGGACAAAAUUUCUUUGAGCCCACCCUGCUCAGCAAUGUCACCCAGGACAUGCUCUGCUCUCAGGAAGAGACUUUUGGACCUCUGGCACCUGUCAUCAAGUUCAACACAGAGGAGGAGGCUGUGGCCAUUGCUAAUGCAGCCGAUGUUGGGCUGGCAGGUUAUUUUUACUCUCAAGACCCGGCCCAGAUCUGGAGAGUGGCAGAGCAGCUGGAGGUUGGCAUGGUUGGUGUUAAUGAAGGCUUGAUCUCCUCUGUUGAGUGCCCCUUUGGUGGGGUGAAGCAGUCUGGCCUAGGGCGAGAGGGCUCCAAGUAUGGCAUUGAUGAGUAUCUAGAAAUCAAGUAUGUGUGUUUUGGAGGCUUGUAGGCGGCACUAGCUCUUUAAAAAAUAAAGCAGGAUACUUAUCUACCAA